UUCACGGCGACGUUUUGGACGCCACCGUCGUGUCUCUCAGAGCAGCCCCAGGAAAAGCUGCAUUUGCAAGUCACGAUUCCUUCAAUGGCUCCUCUUCUUCUUCUUCUAUAGCUGGGAAGUGGAAGCCCUUCGCAGUAGUCAUCACCUUCACCCCCGCUGUCACCAUCAGUUGCAGCCAUGUCAUGGCUCGCUAGAUCGAUCGCCAACUCUCUCAAGCUCGAUGAUGACGAUCCCCAGCCCAACACAAACCCUACCGCCACCACCGCCGGCGCCGAUCCCAGCUCGCCGCACAAGGCAAAGUUGCCGGACGCCCAGUCCGAUUCUCCAACCUCGCCGUCGAACCAAUCACCUCGUGGCGUCAAGGAAGACCUCACCGAGCUCAAGAAGACUCUGACGCGGCAGUUAUGGGGGGUCGCCUCCUUCCUCGCUCCACCUCCGGAUCCUUCUCCACCGCCAUCGGGGAUGUCCGAGGAUCGGAAUCCGAGCUCGCCACCCCAAUCUGAUCGGCCUCCUCCUGCCCGGGAUUCAGCCGAUCAGGAGGCCUCCGACGACGACGAGGCGCUGAUUGCUGGGAUCCGGAGUGACUUCGCUGAGAUCGGCGGCAAAUUCAAGACUGGAAUAUCGAAGUUGUCUCAGAACAAGACUGUGUGGGAGUUCACGAAGAUCGCCUCCAACUUCCUGCAGCUCGGAUCGGAGUCGGAGUUCAUUGACGCGGAUUUGGUCGGAAAUGCGGUUGGUGUGACGGAGGAGGUCUUGGCUUUCGCCCGCAACAUAGCUAUGCAUCCCGAGACUUGGCUUGAUUUUCCCCUUCCCGACGAUAAUGAUGAUUCUGAUGAUUUUGACCUGUCUGAUGCCCAACAAGAGCAUGCCUUGGCUAUUGAACGGCUUGCCCCGAGAUUGGGUGCUCUCAGGAUUGAAUUGUGCCCCGGAUAUAUGAGCGAGGGUUCCUUCUGGAAGAUUUAUUUCGUGCUUUUGCAUCCCAGGCUUAGCAAAGAAGAUGCUGCCCUUUUGUCAACACCACAAAUAGCUGCGGCGAGAGCAAUGUUGAUGCAGGAGUUGCAGAGCCGAAAUAAGGCAAAGCUUGAGUUAGACACGUCUGCUAGUGGAACUUCAGUUACAGAAGUUACCGUUUCAUCUUGUGAGGAGCAUCUCUCUGUACCUUCUUCUACCGAUUCUAAGUCAGUGCAAGUUCAGCCUUCUCCUGCUGGGCCCACAAAUGCCACAGGAUCCACCGUGGUUGAGACGGACAAGCACCCAGUUCAGAGUAACGAAAUUAAAAUCAUUGAUAAGUCCGUUGUUGAUGAAGGGCCACCAAAGCAAACCAAGUAUGAGCAUUCCCAUUCUGGGUCCUCGCCUAGAGCCUUUGAUGAUAAGUAUGAAGACGAGGCUGAUGAUUGGUUAAAGGAGGAAACCUCUGAGAUCUCUGAAGUUAAAGGUACCACUGUUCCGAUUGACAACGAUGAGGAUGUUUCAUUUAGCGAUCUUGAGGAGGAUGAUGAUGAUGCGCCUGCAAGUUACAAAAAAGUUGCUUAUGGUUCUGACUCUUCGGCAAAAGAUUCGAGGGACUGGGUCCGACUUGGGGGCAGCUCCGAUGACUCUGGAAAGGAAUCUAAGGACACAGAGAAUUCGGGGAAGGCGGUUGUUCGUGAUAUCGAGAUAAAGGAAUCCAGUGAUUGGCUCGACGUUGAUGAUGAUGUUGACGAGGUAUGACGACAACUGUGGUUAGUUCGAGUUUCAAUACCUGCCUGCUGUUAUAAUGCUCAGUACUGCAUUUACAGUUUUCCGAGUCGAAAUGUUUUGGCUCUGGAAUCUAAGUUUGUACAUAAUCCGGGUCUUAAAAUGUAUGGUUGUGUAAAACGGGAAUUGCAAGCUCUUGUGCAGCACGUCUAUCGUCAACAUUCUAUCUACUAUCAAUUUGUCCAGUGCUAAUUUGUGCUCA